GUUGCGGGCGGUGGCGGGUUUUGAAUUUAGUCUCCGGCCGGCGGCGGACCGCCGAGCUCGGCCCGCCUCGGAUCGCGAUUGGCCGGCGGCCGGUCACGUGAAUGGCAGCGGCGGCAGUUGGGGGCACGGACCGAUGGGGCUGGGCGGGCGCCGGCCAUUUUAGAUCGUGGAGUGUGGCCGGCUGGUGUGACGGAGGCUGUGGGGGCCGGUCCGCUCUCCGCCCGUGGCCUGGACACCGCUCCGUCGGUGGCGGCUGUGUUCUCCUGAUACUGCCGCGGCGGCUCCCGCCCGGUUUCCCGCACUCCCGCUCCGCUUCCCCCGUGGAUUGUGCUCGCCGCUCCGCUAUGGCAGCCGCCACGCAGCUGGGGCCACGGAGCUCCACGCCGGUCAUGCCGCAAAGCCCUACCCGCCUCUCCCGGCUGCAGGAGAAGGAGAUACUGCGGCAGCUGAACGACCGCCUGGCCGUUUACAUCGACAAGGUGCGGAGCCUGGAGCUGGAGAACAGCUCCCUGCAGCUGCAGGUCACCGAGCGGGAGGAGGUCCGUGGCCGCGAGGUCACCAGCCUGAAGGCGACCUACGAGGCCGAGCUGGCCGACGCCCGCCGGACGCUGGACGACACGGCGCGGGAGCGGGCCAAGCUGGAGAUUGAGCUGGGCGCGAUCAGUGCCAAGCACGAGAAGCUGUUGGGCAGCUAUGCAAAAAAGGAAUCUGAUCUUAAUGGAGCCCAAGUUAAGCUUCUUGAGUUUGAAGCAGCCCUUAAUUCUAAAGAUGCUGCACUGGCCACAGCCCUUGGUGAUAAGAAAAGUUUGGAGGGAAAAAUAGAGGAUUUAAAAGAUCAAAUUGCACAGCUUGAAGUUUCCUUAGCUGCUGCCAAGGAACAGCUUGCAAAUGAAACUUUACUGAAGGUGGAUCUUGAAAAUCGCUGUCAGAGUCUCACUGAGGACUUGGAAUUCCGAAAAAAUCUGUAUGAGGAGGAAAUCAAUGAAACAAGAAGGAAACAUGAAACUCACUUAGCUGAGGUUCAUUCUGGGCAUCAAAUUGAAUAUGAACAUAAACUGGUUCAAGCCCUUUGUGAAUUAAGACAGCAACAUGAUGCACAAGUGAAGCUGUAUAAAGAAGAGAUUGAAAUGUUUUACCAUGACAAACUUGAGAAUGCUAGAUUGUCCUCUGAGAUGAAGAAUUCUGCAGCCAACUCGGUAAGAGAAGAGCUGAAUGAAAGUCGCUUACGAGUUGAAAAUCUGUCGUCCCAUGUCUCCAGCCUUCAGAAAGAGUCUAGAGCAUGGCAAGAGAGAGUGCAAGAGCUUGAGGACACAUUGGCCAAGGAACAGGAAAAAAGUAAAAAAAUUCUGUUUGAGAAAGAGAAGGAGUUGGCUCAGAUAAGAAAUCAGAUGCAGGAACAGCUGAGUGACUACCAAGACCUUCUGGAUGUUAAACUGACACUUGAUAUGGAAAUCAGUGCAUACCGGAAAUUGCUGGAGGGUGAAGAAGAGAGGCUGAAACUUUCUCCAAGCCCAUCUUCCCGAGUGACAGUUUCACGGGCUUUAUCAAGCCGCAGCGUGCGUACAACCAGAGGGAAGAGGAAGAGGAUUGAUGUGGAGGAAUCUGAAGCCAGCAGUAGUGUCAGCAUUUCCCACUCAGCUUCUGCUACUGGAAAUGUCUCUAUUGAGGAGAUAGAUGUUGAUGGAAAAUUCAUCCGCUUGAAGAACACCUGUGAACAGGAUCAACCUAUGGGAGGCUGGGAGAUGAUCCGAAAAAUAGGAGACACUUCUGCUGUUUACAGAUAUACGUCAAGAUUUAUACUAAAGGCAGGCCAGACCGUUACAAUCUGGGCUGCAAAUGCUGGAGUAAGUGCUAGCCCUCCCACUGACCUCAUCUGGAAGAACCAGAAUUCUUGGGGCACUGGUGAAGAUGUGAAAGUUGUGCUGAAGAAUUCUCAGGGAGAGGAGGUUGCUCAGAGAAGCACUGUCUUUAAAACAACUGUAUGUGAAGGGGAAGAGGAGGAAUUUGAUCAAGAAGCAGCUGAAGAUGUGGAGGAAGAAGACCAUGACCACCAACAGGCAGGCCCACAGGCAUCCAACAGAAGCUGUGUGAUCAUGUGAACUUCCAGUCAGCCAGGUUCCUCAAAUCCUUGCCUACAGAACAGAGAGACUAUUCUCAGAAGCACAACAUAUUUUUGUAUUUUCUGUAUGUGAAUUCUUAAGCUGCAAGUCUGAUGGCCUUAAUUUCCUUAGCCACUGAAAAGGAAGUUUUGUAAAAGAAGUAUCUGUAACUUUCUUGCAGGAUGUGAAUUGUUGACUCAGAAGAACUCUUCUUCUAUUGAAACUUUGCUGGAAUAGAAAUAUUCCACUGUUUUGGGGAUCAAAGUUUCUUAGGUUACACCACUCUAGACUAGCCAGUUGAUGCUGACCUCUUUAUAUUUAGGUGCUGUUGAGGAAGGGAAGGAAUUUUUGAUACUAUGAACUCUUUUAUACUGGAGAUUUUAUCCUACAGUGCAGUCAAGACUAUAAACCAUAUUUAUAGAGAAAAAAAACCACAACAGAUUUGUUAAAAAAACCCCACAACUUAAAAACCCAACAAAACCAAAUGAGAAUAAAGAAAAAAACACACACAAAGAAAGAAAUAAUUUAGCCCAGCUGAUCUCUCAGAGGAUGAAGGAUGCAGUAAAAUUCCGUAUUGAUACUCUUCCUUUAUUUAGUUUUCUUGUUCUGGAGGAGGAUUCAUGUUAAAUGUGUUAGUUGUGUUGUUAAAAUAGUGUAACCAUCUUAUUUUUUCUUUUAACAAGUAGAUUGUUUUAAUAUGAAUUGUCUUACUUGUUUACACUUUCUAGGAACAAAACCAAGUCUUUUAGGUGUCUAGUCUACAUUUAUAUGCAAAACAAUUGUAACUUUGUCAAUGUGGAAAGUUUUUCUGUCCUUUUGGCAGUAACCUGAUGUCUGAAAAAGCUUUGAAUAAAAUGUCUCUGUUUUAAGUUGUCAUCAAAUAAA